AUGCAGGCCGUCACUCAGUGCAAGGCUGCGGCCAGCAUGAGCUCCGUCAGCAGCUCCAUCCGGGGCGCUGCUGUGGCGCAGCGCGUCGCCCCCGUCCGGGCUGCGCGCGUGGCGGCCCUGACGAUCAAGGCCGAGAAGCUGUGCCUCCACAACCUCAGCCCUAGCGAAGGAGCCCGGCGGCCGAAGCGGAGGGUCGCGCGCGGCUACGGUGGGAAGGGGGGCGGCACGGCCGGUCGCGGCACCCGCGGGCAGAAGUCCCGGUCCGGCGCGUCCAUCCGCGCCGGGUUCGAGGGCGGCCAGAUGCCCCUGUACCGCCGCCUGCCCAAGCUCAAGGGUAUCGCGGGCGGCAUGUCGGCGGGCCUGCCCAAGUUCAACGUGAUCAACCUGGACUCGAUCAGCGACAAGUUCGAGGACGGCGAGGAGGUCACGCUCGAGACGAUCCAGGAGAAGCGCAUCAUGAACCUCAGUGGCCGCGAGGCGACGCUCCCGCUCAAGGUGCUGGGCCGCGGAGAGCUGACGAAGAAGGUGACGGUCAAGGCCGUCGCGUUCUCGGACGCGGCGAAGGCCGCGAUCGAGGCCGCGGGCGGGACCGUCGUCGAGCUCCCGCCGAAGGAGAAGUGGGUGCGGACGAAGUGA